GCAUGCGCAUGUCGCCAACCUGUUCCUCAGUCAAACCGUUUCCAUAACACCUCCACCUCAACGCCCAUGGAUACCAUUAGCAAAACCGAACAAAUCAAGGCCAGCUUGCAUCUUUACAGUUAUGUGUUACAAUGUUUUGUGCGACAAGUACGCCACCCGACAAAUGUACGGUUACUGCCCGUCGUGGGCCUUGAGUUGGGAGUACCGAAAAAAGGCUAUACUUGACGAAAUCCGUCACUAUUCGGCGGAUAUAAUUAGUCUGCAAGAAAUCGAGACAGAUCAGUUUUAUGCUUUCUUUUUGCCUGAGCUUAAGGCCGACGGUUACGAAGGUAUUUUCUCGCCGAAAUCACGUGCCAAGACUAUGUCAGAGAUGGAACGUAAAUUUGUGGACGGUUGCGCUAUUUUCUUUCGUGCUGCUAAAUUCACAUUGAUUAAAGAACAUUUAAUCGAAUUCAAUCAAUUGGCCAUGGCCAAUGCUGAAGGUUCGGAUAACAUGUUGAAUCGUGUAAUGCCGAAGGACAAUAUCGGUUUGGCAGCGCUUCUGAAAGUGAAGGAGAAUGCCUGGGAUCCGAUGACCGAAGUGACACAAAUCUCCCAACCGCUACUCGUUUGCACAGCGCACAUUCACUGGGAUCCCGAAUUCUGCGAUGUGAAACUAAUCCAGACGAUGAUGUUGAGCAACGAGCUUAAGACAAUCAUCGACGAGGCAAGUCACAGCUUUAGACCCGGUCACAAAAAUGACGCGAAUAGCGUACAACUGCUGCUGUGCGGAGAUUUCAAUUCGUUGCCCGAUUCUGGUGUAAUCGAAUUCCUUGGCAAGGGACGUGUAGCAAUGGAUCACCAGGACUUCAAGGACAUGGGUUAUAAAUUAUGCCUGCAACGCCUACUAUCGAAUGACACCAGCGAGUUUACGCAUUCCUUUAAGUUGGCCUCCGCCUACAGCGAGGACAUAAUGCCACACACAAACUACACGUUCGACUUUAAAGGCAUCAUCGAUUAUAUAUUUUAUACGAAAACUGGCAUGGUGCCGCUCGGUUUGUUAGGUCCCAUCUCGAAUGAUUGGUUGCGCGAUAAUAAAGUCGUUGGCUGUCCGCAUCCGCAUAUACCAUCGGAUCAUUUCCCGCUGCUGGUCGAACUGGAACUGAUGCAUACGGCGGGACAACAAGCGCCGCCCAAUGGCCUGAUCAACCGACGGUAGCAAUAAAAAAGUAUGUAGCCAAA